GAAAUUUUGGAAGGAAGUAAUACAAAGAUCGACAAUGUUCAAGUAGGAGUUAAAAAAAUCAUGAGUAGUGGGUUACGUCAUAAAAAAGUUCUACUUGUCCUAGAUGAUGUUAGUCACAAGGACCAAUUAGAAAAAUUGGCUGGAGAGUGUGACUGGUUUGGAUUAGGUAGUUGGAUUAUCAUAACAACUAGAGAUGAACAUGUGUUGGUUGAUCAUGGAGUGCCUAAAAUAUAUAAGCCUAAUGGAUUAGAUUAUGAUGAUGCUUUAAAACUUUUUUGUUUGAAAGCCUUCAAAAAGGAGCAACCCCAAGAAGGUUAUAUGCAGCUCUCCCAAAAAGUUGUAAAAUAUGCUAAUGGCCUUCCAUUAGCUCUUGUUACUUUGGGUUCCUUUUUGGUUGGAAGAACAAUAGAUGAAUGGCAAAGUGCAUUGCAAAGUUUUAAAAAUACUAAAGGAGAUAUAUAUGAUAUACUUAAAAUAAGUUAUGAUGGACUGGAGGAAAUGUGGAAGGAGAUAUUCUUAGAUAUUGCAUGUUUCUUUAGACGUUGGGAGACGAAAGAUCGAGUAAUACAAAUAUUAGAGAAUUGUGGUUUUAAUGCAAGAAUUGGUAUAAGUGUUCUUUUGGACAAAUCUUUACUAACCAUUGGUGACUAUGAACAUUUAGGGAUGCAUGAUCUUCUACAAGGUAUGGCAGAAAAAAUUGUUCAUUUUGGAUUAGAUGUAAAACAUGGAAAGCAAAGUAGGUUGUGGCGUAUUAAGGACUUGCUUCUUGUAUCGGAGAACGAUAAGGCAAUAGAAGCAAUUCAAGCCAUAGUCAUUCAUUACAGGAAAAAGGAUUUCUACUUCGAAGAAUUUCCUGAAGUGUUAUCAAAGAUGUCUAAUCUUAGAUUGAUGAUAAUUGAUAAGACGGACUACUUGUUUGACCAAGGACAUCUUGUUGUUCCUAAUGACCAAAGACAACUUUUUGUUCCUAAUCAACUAAGACAUCUUUCAUGGAACUGUUGUCCUUUAAAAUGUUUGUCAUCCAGUUCCCAACCAAAGAAGCUUGUUCAACUUGACUUGCAGUAUAGCAGAAUUGAAUAUCUUUGGGAAGGAGUAAUGAUUUCGUGCUGUUUAAAGUACAUAGAUCUUUCUGAUUCUAAGAACCUUAUUAGGACACCUGACUUUUCUGGUGUUCCAAUACUUGAGGAACUAAAUCUUUCUGGGUGCGUUAGUUUGGUUGAGAUCCACCCGUCUAUUGGACAACUCUACAAGCUUAGGUAUUUACAUCUGCGGAAAUGCGAAUCUCUUACCGAUCUUCCCAGCAUGUCUGCUAAAAUGCAGUCCCUUGAUGUUCUUGCUCUUUGUGAUUGCUCAAAAAUCAGUACAAUUCCAAAAUUUACUGGAAUUAUGAAAAGCCUAUCGGAACUCAAUUUGGGUUAUACCGAUAUUAAUAAACUGGAACCCUCAUCAAUCGAGUGUUUGACUGCCCUUACUUUAUUAGAUCUAAGUUUUUGCACAAAUCUAGAAUAUCUUCCAAGCAACAUGGAUAAUUUGAGGUCUCUUGAAAAACUCAUUCUUUAUGGAUGCGAAAAACUGAAGUCAUUGCCAAGGCUUCCAUCAACUGUAAGAUUUAUAAAUGCUCAAUAUUGUAAUUCCCUAAAAUGGAUAACAGCACGGGUCAAAUUGAGUAGUUGGUCACAACCUCUCUCCCAAUGGUGUCCGUAUGAUGAGAGAAGCAGUCGAUUGGAAUUUACAAUAUUGUUCCAUUUCCUACAGGAACUCCUUUGUCAUAAAACCGUUUAUAAAAUUCCAUCAUGUUUAACUCAUCAAAGUGUGAGGAAUUCAAUAAGCAUAGAGCUGCCUUCAAAUUGGUAUAAUAGUAAAUGGAUAAGAUUCGCUCUCUGGGCAUCAGUAUCAGGUUUUAUAAACUUUGAAGAUGGUAUUAUUAGAGCUCGUGUGAUAGCCCUUGGUGAUAUGCCUCUAAAUCACUGUGACUCUAAACUUUUUACUACCUGGAUACAUUGUGAGGUCAGAAUUGGCCUAUUGUAUUUGUCUCGUGAUGAGUGGUUUGCUACUGUUGGGAAUGGUGAAUGCAAUCAGAUUAAGGUUAUAUUUGAGAACGAUAAAAGAACCAUUGAUGUGAGGGAAUGUGGGGUCAGUUUGAUAUACGAGCAAGAUGUGGACGAGUUCAACCAAACAAAUGCACAAUGUUUGAUUGAGAGCUUUGGGGAAGAAGUAUCCAUCUAUAAAUUAACUGUUGGUGAUGAUGAUGUUGUAUAUACAGUUGGUGAUGAUGAUGAUGAUUAUUAUUAUGAUGCAUAUACAGUUAUUGAUGAUGAUGGUGAUGAUACAGAGAGUUGGUGCUGAUAAUGAUUGACAUGACUGCAAAAGAUGACACCUAAGUGCUGUUUAUACUUUGACUAUCUUUUUUUCAUUGUAUGAAUUUCAAUCAAGGCUUAGGCAACUAGAUGUGCACAUGCAUUUCAAUCAGCCUGACCAUGUUUUAAUGAAUUUUUAUUUGGUUCAGUUACAAUGAUUUGGAAACUUGUUCAAGUGGCUUAUCUGUGCAUCUUGUUUCAAAAUGAAAAUGGAGUUGAAGAUCUACUUUUACAGGGGAUCUAGGUAUAGACAGAUAAUGAGUUAUUUACUAAUAAUAUUUCUUAUUGGAUGAAUUUCAAGUGAGUUUAGUGCUAUUGGAUUGCAUACAAGAAUUACUUCAGGUAACUUUGUCACAUUUCUCUCUUCUAUGUGGAUUUGAGUUAAUGUCUAUGAGACAAGUGAUUUGCAAAUUUUGAAGUAGAACUUUAAGGUUAUAAGUUUUUAUCAAUCUAGCUAUGGUAUGAAAUAAGCAUUAAUUUUAGUAUCCAAUCUUGAAUAUUUUCCUUGCAGUUCAAAAGUCGCAAGUUUCAAACAAGUUCACUUGUAAAGUAAUAUUAUUUUUAGAUUAUAAUGGAGCCCUAUAUAUUCAAGAGGAAAUGUCCUGUUAGUAGUUAUGCUUGCCUUUAAACUAUGUUAUAUUCUACUAUGCAUCAAGGUUUGUUAGAGGGCGUGUUUGGCAACAUUUAGGAGCCUUGCUUGCAGUGCAGUAUGUACCUUUUUGGCAUUCGUUGUACACUAGGGAGGGAAAGGCCUUUGGAUCAGAUUCUUGACAAGGUCUAUUGAACAAGAAUUUCUGUUUGCUCUUGGAACAAAUUUAAUUAAUAGGCAAAAACAGGUCACUGGGCAAUCGUUGAAGUUGUUCCUUUCUUUAAAGUUGCUUCCCUAACCCAUCAUUUCCCUCUUAUUGUGCAAUUUAUGUUCAAUAUAUUUAAUGGGCACUCAAAAUUCAAGUGUGGUCUACAUUCUAUACUUUUCUUGUAGAAUACAUAAUUUAGAUCACCUGUGUAUCUCCAAUGCAGCAUUCUGUCUGGAGUGCCUAAUCUAUUCCUCAUUACUAGCCAACAAUAGAAUGCAAGUCUUGUAAUAGCUUGAGAGAAUCAGAUGAUUUUCCCCAGUAGAUUUUUAUUUUUAUUUUCUUGUUUCUAGUCUUGCUGCUUCUACUUUCUUAAGUUUAUUAUUGAUGAAAUUUCUUAUCCAUGAAAGGGACUCUCACUAGAGUUACUCCACCUUUAGGUUCUUUACAAUUAGACCAACCACUUCUUGAUUGUGGCUUGCCACUUAUUGGAAUUGAUUGUUCAGACCAACCAUAUAUGCUGUCAAAUUGAUGUCUUCAGCUUUAUUUACAUUCCAAUCACUUCUGCAUUUGUGCCAAUGCCCUGCUUUUAUCAGCAUGGAUUAGAAGGCACACCUUUAGAUUUACCAAUUGCUGAUGAAAUAUAUGUAUCAGCCCAAUCCAGAAUUGGGCUUUCCAAACUUUGGUCAUGUUGAAACUAGACUACCUUUGUCCUUGACUGAACCUCAGCUAGCCUGCUUGGUCUAUGUUUUAUGUUGGUUUGAGCUCAUGCUUGUUCACAACCUAAGUAAACUUUAUUAACUUGCUAAAAUCAACAACAUAAAAUCUGUUAAUUUACUAAUACAAAUUGCCAAUCCGAAAGCAUAGUUCUUUGACACUGAUGUUUGUUUAAUCCAUUGUUGCUGUUGUUAUCAUCAUCACAUCAUAAUUAUAAUUUUACCAUAGAUGUCUUCUAGUUUAAGAAUCUGAAAUGUCAGACUAAGAGAUAUAAUUCAGUCAUCAUGAUAAGUGAA